GAUGGAGCGGUCUGCCUCUGAAGGUGUCAGCCCCGUCUUCUUGCUCUUGCUUCUGCUUGGGGCACCCGCUGCUCCGCGCUGUGCUGUCUCUCUGGGCUAUAAGUUCACAGUGACACCUAAUGGACAACCGUGGUGUGACAUUCAAGGCCAGGUCAAUGGGAACGCAUUUCUUCAUUACACCUGCGGCGGCCAGAGGGCCACACUCACCAGUGUUCCGGGGGUGAGUGCCACCCGGGCCUGGAACCAGCAGAGAGACGCUCUGCAGGACGUGGUGGAAGAGCUCAGGAAGACGCUGCUUGACAUGAAAGCAGGGAUGACUGCAGCCGGCGCUCCUCUGUCCCUGCAGGCCAGCAUGACGUGUGAGCAGGAAUCCAGUGGACGCACCAGCGCAUCCUGGGAGUUGGGAUCGGAUGGACAGACAUCUCUCCGCUUUGACUCAAAGAACAGACACUGGACGGUGCUGCGCGGUGAAGGCAGACGGUUAAACAGAACAUUGGCGGGGGACAGAGCUACGGCCGAUCUCCUGGUUAGGACCUCAGCUGGAGACUGUAGGAAGUGGCUUGAACAAGUGCUGUGUCCCCUGAGCACACAAGCUACAUCAGCCACAGCCACAGCCACAUUCCCGUCCAAGGCCUCAGCCAACAGGCCCAUCACCUCGGUCCUCCCUGUGAUCCUCACCUGCGCAGUCCUAGUUGGCAUCUUAGGCUGGGCCUUUACGUAACAGGAACUGAGGGCAUAACUGCAGGUGCCAUAACAGGUACUGACCGAUGGCGCACGAACUUUCUGAGCAGCACUUCCAAACGCACGAAGAAGUGGAAAAUUGGGGCUCCGAAUGGUUUGCCUCCAAACAAGAAAAGUUCUAUUGGGACGGUAUCCACUAAUUACCGGAAAGAUGGGGGAAAUGGGUAGCUAGCGAUGGGCAGUACUUUGAAUAAAGCACGUUUGAUGUUUCCUUUGAAA